GCGCAGCCGCAGAGGCUGUGGCAGGGCCCGCGGCGCGCUUCGUCUUUCCGCUACCGCGGUCCGCGGGGCCGCCGGAGCCAUGGGCGGGGCCUGGCAGCUCUGCCUUCUCGCGCUGGCGCUGGCGCUGGCUGCGGCGGAGGACUCGGAGUGGGCGGGGGCUGGGGACGAGGCCGAGGCGGUGUGGCCGGAGUCAGAGCCGGAGCCGUGGGCGGCGGGAGUGGGGGCGGCGCUGGGGGCGGUGGUGACGCCCGCGUACCGGGGCCCGGGUAACAACGACACGCGCGCGAACCGGGCGCUGCCUAUCGUGCUGUGGUGGAGCGGCGGCCUCUUCCCGCACUUCCCCGCCGACACGGCGCGCGUGGACUGCGCGCGCGGCUCAUGCCUGGCCACGCGGCGGCGCCAGGUGUGGCGGCAGCGGCGCACACGGGCGCUGCUCUUCUACGGCACCGACUUCCGCGCCUACGAGGCGCCGCUGCCGCGCCUGCCGCACCAGGCCUGGGCGCUGUUCCACGAGGAGUCGCCCAUGAACAACUACGCGCUGUCGCACGCGCCGGGCAUCCGCCUUUUCAACUACACGGCUACCUUCCGGCGCGAGUCGCACUACCCGCUCACGCUGCAGUGGCUGCCGAGCCUGGCCUACCUGCGCCGUGAGCCGCUGCCGCUGCCCGACAAGGAGCGCUGGCGCCAGCGCGGCUACGGACCCGUGCUCUACUUGCAGUCGCACUGCGACGUGCCCGCCGACCGCGACCGCUACGUGCGCCAGCUCAUGAACUACAUCCAGGUAGACUCCUACGGCAAAUGCCUGCAUAACCGAGAGCUUCCCAGCGAGAGGCUGACGGACACUUCUACAGCCACAACAGAGGAUUCUGAAUUCAUGACCUUUAUCUCCAGGUACAAGUUCCACUUGGCCAUGGAGAAUGCAAUAUGCAAUGACUACAUAACAGAAAAACUGUGGCGUCCACUGCAUGUGGGAGCCAUCCCUGUGUACCGAGGGUCCCCAUCUGUGCGGGAUUGGAUGCCUGAUAACCUCUCCAUCAUCCUUGUGGAUGAUUUUGGAAGCCCCCAAGAGCUAGCAGAGUACCUUCACUUCUUGGACAGGAAUGGGGAGGAAUACUUGAAAUACCUAGAGUAUAAGAAGCCAGGAGGCAUUAAAAACCAGUUUCUGGUGCAGAGCCUGAAGUCACGAGAGUGGGGAGUGAAUGAUAUGACUCUGCCAAAUUACCUGAACGGCUUUGAGUGUUUCAUCUGUGACAAGGUAAAUGAACGAAUGAAAGCUGAGAGAGAGCACCGAAAAUCUCACGGAAAAGUGAAAGCUCCCGAACCCCACAUAGCUCAUUUCACACACAUGGGGUGUCCUAUGCCAGCUCCUGGCUUUGGAAAUAUUGAGGACAUCCCUGAAGGAGACAGUUGGAAGGAGAUGUGGCUGCAGGAUUACUGGCAGAGCCUUGACCAAAGUGAAGCCCUCACUGCCAUGAUUCACCACAAUGAGUCGCAUCAGGGAAAGUUCUGGGAUUAUAUGCAUGAAAUAUUCCUCAAGAGGACCAGACAGCACUGACCAUCAUCACAAGAACCCAGUUCAGUUUUGGAGAGUGGGAGGGUAGGGGCUUAUACUUGGAUCCAAGAUCUGCCUUGGGUGAAAAAAACAGCCAAUUUUUGUACCUUCUUCUGGCUUUGGAGACCUGGGUUCAUCCCACACACUACUUCAGCAGUGAGUCCCACUUAUGGCCUGAAGGCAUCCACUGGUCUUCUUGCACAUUCAGUGUCAUUUCUCUCUGACCAGAAAGUAUCAUCUUUUGUGCCAAAGGAUUGUGAACAGAGACCUGAGCUCUGAGGUUCAGCUGAAAUGUCUUCAGUUGUUCAGGGAAUGUUAUCUCCCAAUACUAAGUAUUAUUUUUAUUUUGCCUGUCACUUAAUCCUCCAGUUAAGAUGGAUGUUUGCUUCUUUUUCAUCAGAAUGAUGGUUAAUAUCUAACUGUUAUGAACAGGUAACUUUUCCAAUGAAGGGACUAGGAAAGAUCUGUGCCUGAAGGAAGGGGUUAUGUCUUAAGACAUUUUAAUAUUAAAGCUUUCCUUCUUCAAGUGACUGUGCCUCAAGAGCACUACAUUUCAGGGAGCCUUUUUCUUUUUGCACAACUUCAUCAAGAAUAGUUUGUUUCUGUUAAAUUACCACAAUCUCAGUGGUCUUGGUGGAUGGCUCAUUUCAAAAGUGGUAUUUGUUGCCCUUAUAAAUCAGGUAGUGAUGUAGAAGGAACAAUGCAGUCUAAGCCCAUGCACUGUAUAUAUGUGAGUACAUGUGCAGUUUACAUACUGACUGCAAUUUAGUAUGUGCUAUGUCUCCCUUGAUUAACAAUUAUUAACCCUGCCUGGUUGCACAGCCACUGAGCUGCAGGGGGGCCUGGUGCUUCUCUUCAGUGAUGCCCCCAGUACCACCUGGGCAGGAUGCUAGCUGGACAGGUGCAGCCACAGCUCACAGGUAGCACCCACCAGACCCAACAGUGCACAGGGCACUGGAAGCCUGGGUGUGCUCAGGGAAGCUUGGGCUUGACAGGUUUCCAGUUCCCCAUGCACCACUCUCUUGCUGCCUGGGAUGACCUGGGAACAAGCUGGGUGCCCUGGGAAGGCAGCAGGAGGGCAGCUGGGUGUGCUGGCUGCUAGAGAAGGUGGCAAGAACGGUGUAUGGGGCACUGGAAGCCUUUCAAGCCUGAGCUUCCAGCACCCCCUGCUGCUUUCUCUGGAUAGGGCCCUUGUACACGUAAAGGAAUAUUACUGUAAUUUGUUACAUAGCAAGCUAAAAUACAUGGGAUAUGUUUUGGUUUGCUAUGUAAAAAAAAAUCAUUGAAAUUAAAAUAGCUGCCAAACGCAUACGCUGUUAAUGAAAUUUAAUCGUAACAUGGUGCUGAAUGUGUGGACUGUUACACAAUUAAAUUGUUAAAAUGGGCAAUUAAACCACUAAAAGGGGCAAUUUCCUCAUGUGUACGAGGGCCCUUAGUCACGUGUACAAGAGCCGUCUUAUUCUAUGACUAUAAACAAGUCACAAGGUCAGACUUUUGACAAAAUAUAUAUUCCUAAGCCUCUGUUUACACAGACAGCUUUUAUGUAGCCUUUUCGAAGGUGAGAAGUUUUGCUUCCAUUAAAGUGUUUUGUCAAAGGAUAACAAAAAAUCCUGUAUUUAAAGAAACGCUUUUACAAUAAAAAUUUAAUCACGAAUGUUUUGCGGGUUUUAGUUAGUAUUACAUAUAGCAACAAAAUAGAAUUGAACUACAGACUCACAGAUGUAGCUACAGGAUUAUGUGGUGUUUGAAGAUUUAUAUAAACUUAGGCACUACAUAAAUUAAUUCUGCGUAUUUGUGUUUUGAUGCCUUCCUUGUUAACAAACCAUUCUUGACUGAAAGGCAGCUUAAUACCUUCUUAAACCACUUCUCCUUUAAUUGCUGAGGAUUUGUCUACAUGGGCACACUUAAAAAGAUUAAUCUGAAUAAACUUUUAAGAUAGUUUACACGAAUCAAAUUCCUGCGCUCAUUCAGAAUUAAAGUGCCUUUAAUUCACUCUGCAAGUAAAUUAAACCAAGUUAAGUACAUUUUAAGUCUGAAUAUGAACAUCUACACAAAGGAUCCAUCCAGUUUAAAUAAUCCACUUUGAAGUCACACAUUUUUCAAGUGUCCCUGGGCAGAAAAGCCUACAGUCUUCUUUUACGUGAUUGUAUAUUCCAUGUUAUAACUUGGUUUUAUAAUUGAUUUUGUUGUUAAUAAUAAUCGUCUCUACACCGUGUUAAUCUUUUUGUGUGUGUGAAGUUGUUUGAGAGAUCUAGGUGAAAAAUGUAGGUCUUGUUUUUAGAACAAAAGUGAAAAUACGAGCUGAGUGGUAACAGACUAUAUGUUUUCUAUUCUGCCUUUCAAUUCAGCAGUUUUUCCAGAACUGAGAUGAUUGUUCCAAGACAGGGAAGUCAGUUAAAUACAUUUUCAGUGCUUUGCUAUAACAAAUUUAUCUGCUCUCAUCAGAAAGAAACCUGCAGCAGUUUAUUGUUUUGGGUCAUCAGGGUGAUUGGUUGGAGGGAAUAACUAUAUGUAUGUGCGUGAUGAGUAGGGCCCUGAGAAAAUUGUAGAUUUCUUGUCGAAAAUUUGCAGCACAUGCACGGGUAAAGUAUCAUUUUUCACAGAACAUUCACGGAACUACCAUUGAUCUUGGCAAAUGGGUCCUGGUAGUUCCGUGAAUGUUCUGUGAAAAAUGAUACUUUACCCGUACGUGGGUGGCAGGCAGGCACGUAGCCAUAGGCGAUGGAAGGCCAGAGCUAACAGAGUUUAGCCCCCUCAAAUGUGGGGCAGCGCAGAGGGCUGCAGGGCAGCCUGCGAACAGGUUCCAGGUGGCUGUCGGGGUGCACACAGACAGACAUGGAGCCUGCAUGCAGCAUGGUGUGCCAAGCACUGCCCACCACAGCAGGUAAGUUAGGGAAGGGGAAAGGGCGUGGCAGGAGGCAAACUGAGGCCCCCACAGGGAGGGAGUGGGCAGGGGCUGGAAUGAGUGGGUCCCUAGGGCAGGUUGUGGGACAAUCAGAGCCCAGGAGGCUCUUCUGGGGCCUGGGGGUGGCUUCUGCUGCAUGCACCUAAGGAGAGGCCCGGGGGCAUGUGCCGUCUGGAUCUGUGCAGGGCAGAGGUGGCUGCCACUGUGGGCUGGGCUCUGCCACGCUGCUGCUGCCCCAGUAGCUGGUAGCAGCAGGUAUAUGACAUGCUGUUCUUGGAGCAGCAGCGUGCAGAACCUGGCCCGUAGCAGCAGCCCACCUCCACCAUGUGCACAGAUCCGGGGGGCAUCUCUGCCCUGCAGAUCUGAGCCUCUCCCAAGCUGCGUGCAGUGGUGGAAGCCCCCUCCCUGGACAAGCCACCUGGGCUCCAAUCAUCCCCUGACCCUGCCUCUGCCCCACUCUCUCCUCCCUGUGGGGGCUUCAGUAUGCCCCUUCCCCAACUUAACUGCUGUGGUGAGCAGUGCCAUCUGGCUGCAAGCAGGCUGUCUGUCUGACACCCCCCCCCCCCCCACCCCAUCCCACCCCCCCAGAUGCAGCCACCUGGAGUCCAUGCCUGGGCAGCGCACCUGGGCUGCCCUGCGUUUGAGAGGGCUAAACCCUGUUAGGCCCGGCCUUCUGCCGCCUAUGCUCGCAACCCUUAAAAAUCAUGGUGUGUUGCGAAUUUCGCAGUUUUUACACAAUCCACAAUCACAAUUUUUCUCAGGACCCUAGUGAGAUGAGAUAUGUAUGUACCUGUUUAGGUUAGCUGUGUGUUUUGGUCUCCAACUACUUAAGUGCAAGUCUGCUUAGCAAAAGAAUGGUAUGAUUGCAGACCCAGGAGGCACCAGUUGCUGAGUGGGUGGGGGGAGAGCUGCAUGCUCCCCAGUGGACCAGAAGUGCUUCCAGUCCACUUCCAGAUCUGCUGCCGAGUACGCUGGGGACCACCCCCCACCCCCACCCCCCCGUACACUCCUGUGGGACGCUCCAUCCGCCCCACCAUCGGCAUUCACGAGCUGCCUGGUACUUUGAGGUAUGUAGAAAAACCACUUGAAGCUGUGUCUAUGUCUGAAUCGCCAAAUCUUUCUGAUUCAAUUUGGAGAAAUUAAAAGGUAUCCUGAUUUGAUUCAGAGAUUUGGCCACUAAAUCAGGCUGAAUCAAAUCAGCAACCAAAGCUUCACACAGCCCUAAUAGGCAACUGUAUCCUUUGCAUAACUUUCCUCAGUCAUGCUGCCCUUUUACAGCAGCCAGUUCUGGCCUGCUAUGAGAAGACCCACCACAGCAGCAGUCAGUUACAGAAUGAGGGUAUAUGGGUAGUAGGCAUGCUAGAAACAUGCAUUGCCUACAAAUCUGAUUGUUUUUUAUAAGCAGUGUCUCCUAUAUAUAAGAGUUUUAGAAUUACUUGCCUUAUUUUUGUACUCACUGACCUGGGCAGUUCUUUAGUCUUAUUAAAUAAAGAUGAUUUCCUAUUUUU